AUUGAGAUCUAGCCGUGCACCUAUGUCCUGGCACAGUCCAUAGAUCGUCUAUGUGUGUUUGUGUGUGUGUGAGAGAGAGAGAGAGAGAGAGAGGGGCACCAGUAAACAGCAGUGCUGCCACAGAUAAACUCCAAAUAGCUCCAGAGAGGAGGGAGCUUUUUGGGAUCUGACUUUUAAAAUCCUCAUAGCCUGGACUGGAUUAUUCUUUUUUUCGAGUGAAGUCCACUUUAAGAGGAUACCUGUUACGUUGCUUUUUGGGGGUUUAUUAUAAAGAACACAAACCCAGGUGUGUGGAGGACACAGUAUGAGUCAAGCUGCAGAUGCAUAAAGGAGGCUGGGUCCACAAGGAUAAGCACCUUGCCCUGUUUUGCCCCUUAGAGGAGAAGACAACAUUGGUUAUCUGCUUCAGGAAAAGGGACCAAAGGACUGGAUUAAUGUGUAUACAGGCUCGACAAGGGAGCAGAGGAUUCUGGGUUACCUGUAGACCUGGAGUACACAAGUGAACAAGCUUGGAUUGAGCCUGUGGCACAGGGGAUUGGCAUGGCUCAGACCAGCUUUGUGUCAACUCAUCAUGCCUGUCGGGCCUGAUUGCAGAAAGGAGCCUUUGUUAAAGCGCUGCCCGUCCUGCACACGGAUCACUAUACAACAUCCGAAAACUCUAAUCUGCAGUUAUGGCUUUUGAGCUUGACAAUUUCCACACCCAUAAGGAUUUUUAAUAUUACCUGAGUGGGAAUGCUUUUUCUACAGGCUUAUCUGCCAUGGUAAAGGCAUUGAAAGCAUGAGCCUCUGACAACACAGAGGAGGUCAUCGUCCAAACAAGGAUCAGCUCAGCAAACACUGACCAGGUCAGGAUAUCACAAGAAACCCCUUGGACAAACUUUUCCUUUCAGAAAGGAUAAGAGCAACUUCAAGAGGAAAUCUUGAUUGGAUUUUUGGAGGCUGGAGAGGAUUUACUACAUCGUAUACAUCAGGGGCUCUUGAGCGAUUAGACUGCCAGGCGACACAGCUUCAAGAUGGUGCGUCAAUGCAAGGCCUUUAUACUCUUCCUCAUCAGGGUCGGGCUGCUGCUGGGUCUUGCUAACCCCUUGGUGACCUCAGCCUCGUGUCCCUCAGUCUGCCGCUGUGAUGGGACCUUUAUCUACUGUAAUGACCGUGGCCUGACUUCCAUCCCCACUGGUAUACCCCUGGAUGCUACCGUGCUCUUUCUGCAAAAUAAUCGCAUUAAGAGUUCAGGCAUUCCUACAGAACUACGCAGGCUCGUAUACGUGGAGAAGAUCUACCUGUACUGCAACAAUCUGGAUGAGUUCCCCACAAACCUUCCUCUUGGGCUUAAAGAGCUCCACCUUCAGGAGAACAACGUUCGGAUGAUUACCCAUGCCUCUUUAGCUCAAAUUCCCUACAUUGAAGAGCUGCACCUGGAUGAUAACUCUGUAUCCGCAGUCAGCAUAGAGGAGGGGGCCUUCAGGGACAGUACUCACCUCAGAUUACUUUUUCUCUCCAGAAACCACCUAAGCACUAUCCCUUCAGGCCUACCCAUGAGUAUUGAGGAGCUGCGCUUUGAUGACAACCGCAUCUCCUCCAUCUCAGAGCAGUCGCUGCAAGAUCUCAUCAACCUGAAGCGGCUAAUCCUGGAUGGUAACCUGCUUAACAACCGAGGGAUUGGGGAGAUGGCUUUCAUCAACCUGAUCAACCUGACUGAGCUCUCGCUUGUGAGAAACUCCCUGACAUCGCCGCCAGCCAACCUUCCUGGCACCAGUAUGGAGAAGCUGCAACUACAAGAUAAUCAUAUUAAUCGGGUCCCGCCUGGGGCUUUUGCCUUCCUUAGGCAGUUGUAUCGCCUGGACCUGUCUGGUAACAACCUGAGCAGCCUCCCACAAGGUGUAUUUGAAGAUCUGGACAAUCUGACACAGCUGCUGCUACGCAACAACCCCUGGCAAUGCACUUGCAGGAUGAAAUGGGUGCGUGACUGGUUGCGGUCAUUACCAACUAAGGUGAAUGUACGUGGCUUCAUGUGCCAGGGUCCUGAUAAAGUCAAAGGCAUGGCAAUUAAAGACCUCACUACAGACAUGUUUGACUGCACAGAUUCAGAGCUCAUCCCAAUGUAUGAGACAAGCACAGUCUCCAACACUGUGCGCCCCUCACAGCCCCAGUGGCCCUCGUUUGUGACUAGAAGGCCGGUAGUAAAAGGGCCCGACAUCAGUAAGAAUUAUCGCAGUACUACCACCUCUUCAGGCAGAAAGAUUAUCACCAUCAGUGUGAAGUCAAGUAGUGCAGAUGCAAUUCACAUAUCAUGGAGGGUGUCACAGCCCAUGACUGCCCUACGGCUUAGUUGGUUAAAGCUGGGACACAGCCCUGCCUUUGGUUCCAUCACCGAGACCAUUGUGCAGGGGGAGAGGACGGAGUAUCUGCUCACUGCACUGGAGCCAGAGUCUUCCUAUAGGAUAUGCAUGGUUCCCAUGGAGACCAGCAACAUUUACCUGUCAGACGAGACCCCUGUCUGCAUAGAGACUGAGACCCGUUCUCACAAAUCAUACAACCCAACCACAACUUUAAACAGAGAGCAGGAGAAAGAGCCUUACAAAAAUUCCAGUCUGCCUUUGGCUGCUAUCAUUGGAGGGGCUGUGGCUCUCUUGGCAAUAAUCAUGUUGGCACUGGUGUGCUGGUAUGUCCACAGGAACGGUUCACUUUUUUCCAGGAACUGCACCUACAACAAAGGCCGUCGGAGAAAGGAUGACUAUGCUGAGGCUGGCACAAAGAAGGACAACUCCAUCCUUGAAAUACGGGAGACUUCUUUUCAGAUGAUACCAAUAAAUCACCUGCCUGUGUCCAAGGAGGAGUUUAUGAUACACACGAUUUUCCCACCUAAUGGCCUGAGUUUAUACAAAAGCCCACAUAGCGAGAACAGUAUUAACAACAGGAGCUACAGAGACAGUGGAAUACCAGAUUCAGACCAUUCCCAUUCAUGAUAUUGCGCAUGGACACUCAUGAUGCGUGCGUGACUUCAACAGAGUGGUGAGACUUUCACAAAACACUGGAUCUAUAAGACUAAGAAAGCAAUGUUCUGUACAUUUGCCAUAUAAUUUAUAUUUAAGGACAUUUUAUGAAGACGGAGAACGUUCCAGUUGCAGGCCAUCACUGAACCAUCAGUGGGUAUGGUAACUAACUGCAAUUCUAUAUUUUAGGGAUUUGUAGUAAUUUGUACUGUAUUUCCUUUGCUUAAGGUUAUCAACCUACUAAAAGAAACUCUGUGUUCUACUGAGAUAUGAUGACUUGUCAACUGUGAAAGUGGGUUUUCAUUGCUGUGUUGAACAAUCAGACUUUAGAAAACCUUGUAGUAUAAGCACAGCUCAUUCUUUUAACUUUGUGGCUGUCUGAAAAACAAAAAGGCAAAAAAAUGACAUGACGUAAACUCAAGGCACAGCUGAUCAACUAAUUUGCAAAGUAGGCAUGUUGUCCUCUAAAAGAACGAGCAGUCAGUAGCUGUCUCCUCAUUUUAUGGGCCACGAGUCUUGCUCUAGUAUUCACCUGGUAUUGAGUAUGAAUAACUAAAGAUGAGGUGCCAUGCUUUAUUUCUCUGCUUCGUUCGGUGUGUGUUUUUUUCUGUUUGCAAGAAGAAGAAACAAGGCAAAGCAACCCGAGCAGGGCUCCAGUGUUUCUGAUGGGACUGUAGGCCACAGCACAGGGCAGAUAAAGCACACCGACCUUAAGGAGCAUUCUGCUCCUCAAACAAGUAGACUGGACAGGCUGACACAGAGGACCCUCCGCUAUCUCUAUUUGUACAAGCCAACAUUACCCGGACAACAAUGGCGGCGUUCUUUAGUACCAUACGUCAUCCUAGUCACCAGGCCAAAAAGACAGAUUUGGCCUGUAGAACUACCACAGUGUCAGAAAGUCCUUGUUAUGAGUGUUAUUUUGUAUUAUUUUUUUUUUUCAAAUGAACACACUUUUAUGUUGCCACAAUUUGAAGUUAACUGUUCUUUACAAUUGAAAACCAAAGUGCAUUGUAUGCCCUUUGGCCAGUCUUGUAUGUGCCUUGAUCCAAUGCUUAUUGUAUUUAGCUUUUUAAGAAACCAGUGACUUUUUUUCAUACACACUUGAAUAUGAAAAAUAUUGGUCAUAUUACAAAAUAAAAGUGGACAAAAAUAAUGUUGCUCUUUCUUAUCCUGAGUUCAACAAAUCCCACUCAAAUAAUAAUUCUAUUGUUCUCAAUAUUAUUACUUGUAUCAUGCUUUGAUAUAAUUACUCAAUUUAUUUUUGCUACUAUUAAGAGUUCUAUCUUUGCACAAAUGUGAAAGGCCCUGGAGUAAAAGAGAGGGCUACGGCCGACCUGUUUUAUUCAUUCAUUUCUAAAAUUACUAUCCAGACACACUGUCUCAAAUUGCUUCGAGGUGCAAACAUAACCUACUGAAUUUUUAUCCUUCACGAUGAUCUGAACUAUGAAGCCUAAGCUCAUAGCCUUAAAACCACAUCUUCCCUUCCAAGACACAGCAAACUAUUUAACUAUAACGCACAUACUGGUCUUGAAACCCAGUUUUCCACUCCAUGGUCAGUGAGCACAGCAACAUCUGCUUGAGGCUGCUGUUGUUCUUUCGUGCGGUGAAGCCAUGUGUGACUUAUCCGAUUGGCCAGAGAGAGAAAUAUCACAGUAGAGUAGAACUAGGGCUGUGGAGAAAUUAGACUCUAGGGUUUGAUGAAUCUCUGAGGCACCAGGGCAACAGAAAACUAAUGACAAGCCACCAUAUGGAGGGUGGGACAAGCAGACCCUGCUGGGGAUGCCCGUCCCUGCAGAGGACAGAGUAUAUAUACGCUGAUCCGGGCUCUAGGCUGCACACUUAAUGACAUGGUUGCAGCUCAGCCGAGCAAGGGCCCACAAAAGGUACACAUGCAAAAGUAGUAAAAUAUCCUGUUUCUCAAUUUCACACGUGCAUGCAAUAGAAUAUCUUGU